AAUGUAUUAUCAUCCUUAAUUACUUCUAUAUUCCUAGACCUUGCUCAAAAUAUGUUGCUUCAAGAUCCUCCAUUCUCAUUUUGGUAAUGUGAUAAAAAAAAUGUGUGGCAGUUGAUUUAUCCACUUUAUUUUAAUUGUCUACCAUUAGUGCCAUUGUUGCACGCACAGUUACAAAAUUGGAAUUUGACUUGAGACCUGAAGUCCCUAUCAUGAAGUAAGUUAAAAAAGUCUUUUUGAAGUUGGAAUGCUAAACUGCCCAAGCAAAACCAAGAACCGAGGUGCUACCUGAUAGCAUAAGUCUUAUAUCCAGUAGAAUUAAUGAGAAUGCUCAACUCUGUUCACUCAUAAUACCUUCUAUUUGGUCUGUUUGUGGGGUGGGAGGGGGAAGGGAUCAUCAUAGACUAAGCUUUUUGGAUGAAUUGUAGAAAGUAUUUCUUUAUAAGCCAAAAUAAUUUUGCUGAUGUUUCAGGCCCAAGAAGGUUGUAGGAUCCUACAAAAGUAUCAAUGACUUUAUGUCUUUUAUAUGUAAGGAAUCUUUUGCAUCAAUUAACAAUGCCAACUACAUCUACAACCCCCAUUGAUCCUUUAAAUAUAGGAUUAGAAGUGGCCAAACUUUUUGGUUACGAUAGACUCCCCUCUUCUGUCAAAGAUCAUGUAAAAGUUUGGGAUGUUAAACUCAAUCUGUACCUUUUUACACAUCAAUGAUCAAUGACGAAGUUUAAGUUAAAAAAAAUAUAUGCAAGGACUCGAGGAAUCUCAAUACAUGAUCUAAAUCAUCUGCAACAUUUCUACCUCGCCAAAAAUAUAGGUAUCAAUAUUACAAAUGAAAACUCAUAAUAUAAGGAUGCCCCAAGGGCUGGGACUGGUGACUUAGGUCACAGGUCGCUCUGCACCAUGCGAACUAAGCCGGGUAUUUAAAUGGAGUAGGUUGGAAGGGCAGGCCAAUUUUCUCCGAGUAUCGAAGGGUACCGUUGGUCCUCAGUGGAGGUCCAGACAAAUUUCUCGGUCAUAAGGAGAAGCCACAAGGAUUUCUUUAAUUAUGGCCUUAGCCACAAGGAUUUCUUUAAUUAUGGCCUUUUCUUGGUCACAAGAAAAGGCCAUAAUUUAUUAAGGAUUAAGGAUUUUGUAGCAAUGGAAAAAAUCUGAAAAACUUGCUCAUCCACUAGGGAUGAGGUAAAUCGUAUACGUGUAUCAAAAGAAAUCUGCAAAAUUUACCUGGGGUCUGGGAAGUCAAUUAUUCUCUUUCGUGCAAACAAAAAACUGUGAAAUUUGUCAAUGCCUUCAGAUUACGAAAUGAUAAUUGAAGCAUGAGUGGAAAUGAAGGGACUUGAGAAUAGAACCUUGCAAAGGAAUAAUAUAGUGUGCCUUCCUUUUUCUUUUUGUAGCAAGACUAAUAUUUUGAUACUAAUUAUGAUGGCCCCCAACAUGAACCAUUCUAAAGCCUUGAAAGUUGUGUCAUUCUUAGUGUUUCGUUCCUAUUUAUCAACUCAGAUGACAGUCUUUGAAUAGCGUUCUAUUUUGAUUUCUUCAAUUAUCUUGGUCCAAUCAUGCCUUGAUAUAUUUGUGUAGGAUAUAGGUUAUUUUGAUUUCUUCAAUUAUCUUUGUCCAAUCAUGCCUUGAUAUAUUUGUGUAGGAUAUAGGUUAUUAUUUUGUGGAUAUGGAUGGGAAGUAAUAAGGUUGUGAUACUGCCUCUUCUUUUCUGUGUUUUGGUGAUGGUCCAGUGUAAUAAGAUUUGAAUUCCCAUUGUUUAAAUUGCCUGGGUUGAGCAAUAUUUUUCCUCAGAAUUUGAGUUCCACUGUUCAAAUUGACUGGUUGCGCAGCUUUUUUCUCAGUAUCAUUCUGAAAGGAAGCUAUCUUGUUAUGCUGAUUGAGACAGCUUCCAUUAUACAUGUAUUAAUCCACAAUCUAUUAGCUAUGCCUCAAUCCCAAACUUAGUUGAACAAUUUCUACUAGUAUUAAAAUUAAGGAGCUCAAAACGUUUCUGGUCUUUCAGAUAUAUAAUUUUUCCAUUUGAUGCUCCAGAUAUUCGGUGAAAAGGAAAAAAAAAGGGGAAGCCCGGUGAACUAAAGCUCUCUAUGCGCAUGGUCCAGGGAAGGGACCCACCACAAUGGUGUAUUGUACGCUGCCUUACCUUGCAUUUCUUCCCGCGGCUAUUUUCAAGGCUUGAACCCCUUACCCUCCUGGUCACAUGGCAGCAACUUUACCAGUUACUCCAAGGCUCCCCUUUGAUAUUUGGUGAAAAGAGUAAAUGAUAAUAUCCUGGCAAUAUAAUGCUCACAUCAGUUUGACUAAACACAUUUGUUAUGCUGGAAAGAGACACAGGCCGCCCUCGUGGCUUUGGGUUCUUAACAUUUGCAGACCGUCGAACAAUGGAGGAUGCUAUAAGAGAAAUGGAUGGUGCGGAGGUUGGUGAUAGGUUGAUAUCAGUGAACAAGGCCCAACCAAAGAUUGGAAGUGAGGAUCCUGACCAUGGCUAUGGUGGAGGUUACUUAUCAGGUGGCAGGGCAAGCUAUGGUGGGGAUAAUAGGUCAGUUAGGCAGGACACUUGCUUCAGCUGUGGUCGUCCUGGCCAUUGGGCCAGAGAAUGUCCAUUAAAAGGUGGCCGGGGUGCUCAACCGCUAAUACCCCCACCUCGUUCUAGGCAUGGUGAUGCAUGUGGAAAUAUGUCUGGAAGUGACCGUGAUAGGUACGUGGAUGACCGAUAUGAUAGAGGGAACUAUGCUGAUAGGGAGCGCUAUGACAACAGAUAUGGGAUCUGUGAUCGAUACACUAGUAACAGGUACCCUCCUAGUGGUGAUUGCUUGGGCAACAGGCAUGGGGGAUCCGACCACUACCCUCAGAAUGGCUAUGGCAAAGAAAGAGGGUUCGGCAGAGAUGUAAGCAUGAGAGAUGUGGGUGACAGAUAUGAAGCUGGAGGGGCAGCAUGUUAUGAGGGAAGAAGCUACAGAGAUAGAGCUGGACCUUAUGAUCGCCCUCGAAGGGGCAGACGCCCACCUUCCUUCGACCGUUACUGAGAUGAAUAAGCACAUACAUGUGGAAGAUGUUGAAUUUUAGUUGAUCUCUGUGGUAGUAUUGUGUUGCGGAGAACGCUAGGAUAAAUGCAUGCCGUCUUGUUUGGAAGCAGCUAGUAGAAACAAGAGUAAAUUAGUAGGGACGUUGCAGAGCUAUGUUUGUUCCUGGUAAAACAGUAGGGGCAUCUUUAAUGUAUCUUUAAUGUCUUUUGGUUUUGUUUUUAUGCUUUAUAAAAGGAGCUUGAAUGCAUUAAGGUCGCUUGUAACUCAAAUCAUUCUCUCGUCGCCUCUACAAUUUUGUAAGAAAUCGUGCAUUUCGUUUCUCUCAACUGCAAAUAAAUGGAGCAUUAUUUAGUCA